AUGGAGGUAGGAAAUGGAGGAAACAGGUUCGAUCGGAAGCGGACGAUGACGAUGAACUGGGCGGGAUUGGGUGAUUUCGAAGACGACGACGAUAGAUUCUUCGAAACUCAUGAUCGGCUCUCUUCAGCUCUCGCAUUCGACAUGGCGGCGUCUUCUUCCGACGAAGAGGACGAGGAUUUCGACGACUGCCGAAUCUCGUUUUCCUCCGCCGUUUCUUCCUUAACCACCGUGUCCAACGCCUCCAGAAAAUUCCUCUCGCCGGCGAUGUCGCCUGACUACGAUAUCUGGAUGGCAGCUCCGGGAUCGAUCUCCGAGCGCCGUCGCCGUCUCCUCCACGGGAUGGGGCUCGUCAGCAACAAAGACAUGGUCGGUGCCGUCUCGAUUCGCCGCGUGGUCUCCAACGCGGCCAUUGUUAGCAACGGCGAGGAUAAAAACAACAAUAAGAAGAAGAAGAACGGCGAGAUUGACGCUAAAGACGAUGCUCACGGUGAAUCGGAGCCUCACGAUCACGACAACGCUCCUCUAGUCCCGGUGAUGUUCGCUCGGUCGAGAUCGGAAUCAGAAAUCGAGAGGUUUCUCAUAGAGAAGCGGCGGAAAGAGGAGAUUCUCGGGAAAAUCUCCAAGCAGCGUCUCACCAGAACCUACUCCACAAUCGGAGUAACCCGGACGAGAAUCUGCCAGUACCAAACCCCAAUCAGGCAAUCACCGGCGGUUUGCAGAAACCGAAAGGCCUCGCGCGGCGGCUCAGACGCAUUGACGUCGGUGCUAUCGUCGAAAGCCAGACUCGGUGCGUUUUUCCUGAUUAAGAAUCUUGACACUGGAAAAGAGUUUAUAGUGAAUGAGUAUGACGAAGACGGAAUGUGGAAUAGGCUUAGCGAUCUGCAAACGGGAAAGCAAUUAACUUUAGAGGAGUUUGAGAAAUGCGUUGGUUAUUCACCUGUGGUGAAAGAGCUUAUGCGUAGAGAGAAUGUGAACAACAUCAACUACGAACCUUUCAUGGAUCUCCGGAAAUUCAACUCGUAUCUGUCGAAGAGCGUGAGGCUAAGCAAGAGAAGUGGAGCUGCGUUGUUAAAGAACAUUAAAGGCGUAGCUCAUUCAAUGAGUUUGAGAGUUGGAGAUAAAGAUGUGAGCGAUGGAAGCAACGAUAGUCCAAAGAAGUCGAAAGAUUCCAAACAUGGGAAAGCUAACCAGUGGGUGAAAGUGAGGCCAACGGGGAAGUCGUACAAGGAACUGAGCGCGUUGCAUAUGUGUCAAGAGAUUCAAGCUCACGAAGGUGCGGUUUGGACUAUCAAGUUUAGUCCGGAUGCGCAUUACCUUGCGAGCGGAGGGCAAGAUCAGGUGAUUCAUGUGUGGGAGGUGCAGGAGUGUGAGCUGAUGUCUAUGAAUGAAGGGAGUCUCACUCCGAUUCAUCCGUCGCUUUGUGACUCUGUGGAGAGAUCGUUUGCUGGUGGGAAUGAGAUUGGUGUGGUGGAGAAGAAGAAGAAAGGAAAAGGCUCACAUUCAAGAAAAAGCAAUCACAUUCCUGAAUACGUCCAUGUCCCUGAAACCGUCUUCUCCUUCUCGGAGAAACCUGUUUGCUCUUUGAAAGGUCAUUUGGCUGAUAUCUUGGAUCUCUCAUGGUCUAAAUCUCAGCUUCUUCUUUCGUCUUCCAUGGAUAAAACAGUCAGGUUAUGGGAUUUGGAAACCAGAACUUGUCUCAAACUGUUUGCUCAUAAUGACUACGUGACAUGCAUUCAGUUUAACCCAGUGGAUGAAAACUAUUUCAUAAGUGGGUCGCUUGAUGCUAAGAUAAGGAUAUGGAGCAUACAGAAUCGUCAGGUUGUGGAAUGGAGUGAUCUUCACGAAAUGGUCACUGCUGCUUGCUACACUCCAGACGGUCAGGGUGCAUUUAUCGGCUCAAAUAAAGGAAUUUGCCGUGCUUACGAUACAGAAGACUGUAAGCUGAAUCAAACUAAUCAGAUUGAUGUUCAGGCCCAUAAGAAAUCUCAAGCAAAAAGGAAGAUCACCAGUUUUCAGUUUUCUCCGGUGAAUCCAUCAGAAGUUCUUGUCACAUCCGCUGAUUCACGGAUUAGAAUUCUAGACGGUUCCGAAGUUAUUCACAAAUUCAAAGGGUUUAGAAACACGAGCAGUCAAAUCUCGGCAUCGUAUAGCCAAGACGGGAAAUACAUAAUCUGUGCGAGCGAGGACUCUCAUGUUUACCUCUGGAAAUGCGACAGCACAGGCAAAAGAUCAACAGUCAUGACACAAUCACACGAACACUUCCAAUGCAAAGACGUCUCAGCCGCUGUGCCAUGGCACGGUCACGUCAGAGGCGAGCCACCACCGGUUCAGAUGCACUCAAAACGCAACUCGAAGCGCAUAUCCACGUCAUCGAGCCAGCCUUCCUCCGCGACGGGCUCGCCGACAAAAGAAGAAACCUCGGCGACCGCACCAACCACCUCUAACCGGAGUAAGAAACCGGGAUUACCUCCUAUCCCUAAGAAAACCGGUACGCAGCAACAGUUUGAGGAAGAGGCUGGACCGGAUGUGGUGGGAAGCAGCGAGUCGUUUGGGUCGAGCAUGAACGGUUCGGAGCAGAAUUCGUCUAGGUUUGGGGAGUCUCCGUCGAUAAACACGUCGUCGAGGUUAUCUUCGUGGUCGUGGUUCGACAGCGGAGGCCACGGUUCACAAACCAUACAGCCGACGGCUUGGGGGAUGGUGAUUGUGACGGCGUCAAUCACUGGUGAAAUCCGAUCUUAUCAAAAUUUUGGGUUACCGAGAAGAAUCGGUCGCCAAACCACUUUGUUUUGA